AUGUCGUCUCCUACCAAGCUAUUCCCAGGACCAACAGACUACGCUUCCGUCUCUCCUCCCCAGAAACUCACCAUACCAAGCAAGCCCGAUGCACCAAUCUCUUAUUCUUUUUUUCAACCAACUAAUCAACCUAAUGCUGCACCAAAGAGACUGAUCGUCUUCAUCAACGGCCUUGGACUUCCAGCCUUAUCCUGGCUCCCCUCCAUCUCGAUAUUUAGGGAGGAUAUCAAGUCAUGCCCAGCGAUAUUGACAUAUGAUCGAUUCGGUCAAGGCCUCACUACAUCUAGAGAUCCUCUAGACGGCACGCCCGGCAAGGAAAACGGCCAUGACUUUUUGGACGUUGCGAAUGACCUUCACGAGAUCAUCGUCACUAUCGCAACUGCAGAGCUAGGUCUCAAGGCCAGCGACGUCGAAGAUGGAACCCUUCACUUGUUACUGAUUGGCGCUUCUAUUGGGGUACCGAUUCUACGUCUCUACGCACAGCACCAUCCCGGCAUUACGGCAGGGGCAAUCUUCCUCGACUCUAAUAUAGCCAACGUCAAUUAUUCCGACUUCUGGCCUGAUCCUGACGCUCCUGGCUUCGACCCUAAGACUGUGGUUGCUGAUGAUUGCACGCUUGCUCAAUACAGAGGUGCUCGGGAGAGACUGGCUGCUAUGUUUGAUUUGAAGGUCAAGAAUGCCGAAGGUCUUGACCGUUCGACAGGUCCAGCGCUGUUGCCGUAUGCUGAUGGGCCAAAGCCUGUUGGGCCGUAUGGCAAGGGGCCAUGGUUGAGCGUUGUUGGACAUGAUCCAGAGACUUUUGCAGAGGUCAGUUUGGAGAAGAUGGGGACGCCGAAAAGUUUAAGUAUGAAGUUUACGAAUAAGUACUGGACUGAGUAUAACCAAGGCCUUACUGGAAUCACGGAUAGGCAUACGGAUGGUGUUGUUAUCGCUCCUGGAUGUGGGCAUUUUAUUCAGAUGGACGGUCCUGGAUUUGUCGCUCAGGAGGUUAUCAGGAUGCUCCAAAAGCUGGGCUGGUGA